UUGAGAGAAAAUAAGAAAAGAGUUACGAAUACUACUUUUUGUCGUCUGUUGUUUCGUCUUCAUCGCAUUGCGCCGCCUUGUCAUACUCUGCGUCUCUCUCAAGCACGCUCCUUCGAUCUUCCUCUUGGUGGUACUCUCGUUUCUAAUUAGACAUGUCUAAUUCAAAGGACGAGAAAGCACAAGUUGCAGCUGAUAAAAUCAAGGCUGCAACACUUACUGCUGCUAAAGGUCUGAGUCGUACUCAAGCGGAGCGAGCAGCAGCUGCAGCGGCGAGAAACGUUAACGCUUAUGGGCAAAAGGAAGAAGGUCCCAGUAGAUGGCAGGAGAAAAGAGAAUUAAAGAGGCAGAUGUAUUUGAUGAGUACCGAGAAAGCGGUUAGGCUUGGUGAAAGGAAAGACAAAACUAUGUCAGUUUCUGCCGUGGGAAGCAGUGCUUCGGCUGCUUCACUGUGCCAGAAAUGUUUCCAAACUGGACAUUGGACUUAUGAGUGUAAGAAUGAAAGGGUUUAUAUCUCGAGACCUUCGAGAACCCAGCAGCUUAAGAACCCUAAACUGAGAAUGAAGCCUUCGAUUGAUGAUCUUGAUGGUAAUGAUGAUGAUGAUGAUGAAGAAAAGCUAGAUGCAACUAAUGGGAAAGCGGAAGUGGAGAGGCGGUCUAAGAAGAGUAAGAGAAAGCAUAGGUCAAAGUCUGAUUCUGGAAGUGACAGUGAAGCCUCUGUGUUUGAAACAGAUAGUGACGGCUCAUCUGGAGAGAGUAGUUCAGAAUACAGUUCAUCUUCGGACUCAGAGGACGAAAGGAGGAGGAAAAGAAAGGCGAAGAAGAGCAAGAAGAAACAAAAGCAGAGUAAAGAAAGGCGAAGAAGAUACAGCUCUUCUUCGUCGGAGUCAUCUGAGUCAGAAUCAGCUUCGGACUCAGAUUCUGAUGAAGAUAGAAGCAGAAGAAAGAAGAAGAGCAAGAGGCACAGCAACAAACGUCGUUGAAUUGGUUUUCAGGAAAUCAGAAAGUGGAUGAAAAUUCUUAUAUGCCUUUUUAGAAUGAAUCAUUUUGUUCUACAUGAAGAAAACUCACUGCUUCUUUCUUCUUUUUCCUCAAGUUCGUUUUUUCGUUUGUCAGCCAUUUAUGGCUGUGUUGUAACAAACUGAUGAAUCUUAGAAUCCCCUCAAGUUUUCAUAGCUCAAUAGUUUCUUGGAGAAUGUUGUAAUGUAAACCUUAACAAAAUAGCUUUGUGUUGUUAUGAUAAAGAGAUUUUAGAGA